AUGGCGCAGGCGGAAACUCUUGCUGCAACGCUGGCCAAGCUGAGCUUGAAUGCGCAGGACCUUAGCGGGACGGCGUUUGACGCGCGACUUGCGGAGGAAGAAAGUGGUCAGUAUCAGAGCCUGGGUCCUCGGCCAAGAGCCCGCCAAAGUGCCGCAGAUCUUAAAAAGGAGCUGGAGACCGACUUCCUGACACCCUCAUCCCAAUUUAGCCCUGAAUGGCUGAAUCGGUUGCAAAGACGAUGGGAUGUCUCUUCAGACUACAAGGACCUCUUUGAGGUCGCGCCAACCCAAACACGGACCAUUGUUCGUUUUGACCGUGAAGGCCUUGAGGGGCGUGUUACUGGCUACCAUGAAGUUACAGUUCCUGCCACCAGUGCAAAUGCUAAGAACUCAACCUCUCUGCUUCGUCGACCAGCUGGUCGCGCAGAAUUCGUCAGAGGCGCUGCUGGGUUCUUUCCCUUCGCCCCAGGCGGACUGGAUGGUGUCGAGGCUAUCGCUGAACUGGAAUCCGAAGCACAAUCGGCAGAAGGCUCGAGACCGGGCGGCAAGCAAUCUGGCCUUGAUCGGAUCAUCAACUUUGGCGCCGAGGGUGGCCUCUUAGAAGUUGCUCCAGGGUUUAGUCGUGGCCUAAAAUUCGAAAAAGCAAAGUCCAAAGAAGCUGCCGAGAAUGACCAAGAAGUCGAACAUGUUCUCCAGCAGGAAGAGGCCGACCUCCCGGUUGAGAAGGAUGACACGGCUUCGGACGUUGGAGGGGUGAAAAUCGAUGACGAUGAGUUGAGUGGGGAUGAGGAAGAUAUCGACUCCUUACUACCCGUUGAGUUCCCGGCAUUAGAACCCCGCGCUCCUCUGUUAUCGGGCGUCCAAAAGAAAGGUGGCAGGGAAUGGGCCCAUGUUGUGGAUGUCAACAAAGACAUUCCCAAUUUCAGCGAGCUUGUACCGGAUAUGGCUAGGGAGUGGCCCUUUGAACUGGACACCUUUCAGAAAGAGGCUGUUUACCAUCUGGAAAGUGGUGAUUCCGUAUUUGUCGCGGCGCAUACAUCGGCUGGGAAAACAGUUGUCGCUGAAUACGCCAUUGCUUUGGCUGCCAAGCAUAUGACAAAGGCUAUCUACACAUCCCCUAUCAAAGCCCUCAGUAAUCAGAAGUUUAGGGACUUCAGGACUACUUUCGAUGAUGUUGGUAUCCUGACGGGUGACGUCCAGAUCAACCCAGAGGCUAGUUGCCUAAUCAUGACUACUGAAAUUCUCCGAAGUAUGCUUUACCGUGGAGCAGACCUGAUUAGAGAUGUCGAAUUUGUGAUCUUUGACGAAGUACAUUAUGUCAAUGACCUCGAAAGAGGUGUCGUUUGGGAAGAAGUAAUCAUCAUGCUCCCUGAUCAUGUCACACUGAUCCUCCUGUCUGCCACGGUCCCUAACACCCAUGAAUUUGCCUCCUGGGUGGGUCGCACAAAGAAGAAGGAUAUUUAUGUUAUUUCGACUGCAAAAAGACCUGUCCCACUUGAGCACUACCUGUGGGCCGGUAAAGAUAAGUUCAAGAUCGUCGACUCAAAUAAGCGAUUCCUAGAAGGUGCUUGGAAAGAAGCAGAUAAUGUCAUCUCUGGCAGAGAUAAGAUCAAAGCUCAAAAGGCUGCUGAGGCUCAGGCUCAAUCCCAAGCUCAGAGAGGAGGUCAGCAGGGAAGAGGUCGCGGCCAAGCUCCUGGUAGAGGUGGCCCUCGUGGCAAUUCGCAACGCGGAGGUGCUCAGCGUGGGGGUGGUGGCCAGCGUGGGAGGGGACAGCCAGCCCCUCGGGGCACUGGGAACAUUGCUCGUACAGGAAGAGGUGGGGGACGUACAACGGCUGCACAAGACAAAACUGUCUGGGUACAGCUCGUCCAGCAUCUUCGCAAAGAGAACCUGCUCCCUGGUUGCAUUUUCGUGUUCUCCAAGAAAAGAUGCGAAGAGAAUGCCGACUCACUUUCGAAUCAGGACUUCUGUAAUGCUUCGGAGAAAAGCCUGGUACAUAUGUUCAUCGAGAAGUCACUUACCCGACUUAAACCUGAAGACAGAACGCUCCCACAGAUACUUCGACUUCGCGAUUUGCUAAACAGGGGAAUUGCUGUUCAUCAUGGAGGCCUCCUACCCAUUAUGAAGGAGAUUGUUGAAAUUCUGUUUGCUAAAUCAUUAGUCAAGGUUCUCUUUGCAACAGAGACGUUUGCCAUGGGACUGAACCUGCCUACUCGUACGGUAGUCUUUUCUGGGUUCCGUAAGCAUGAUGGUAAAGGUUUCAGGGAUCUGCUACCGGGUGAGUAUACUCAGAUGGCUGGACGUGCCGGGCGAAGAGGUCUUGACACUGUCGGCUACGUGAUCAUCACUAGCACAGGUAAAGAUGAGGCUCCCCCUGCCGGUGCUUUGAAGCGGAUGAUCCUCGGCGAACCAACCAAGCUUCGAUCCCAAUUUCGGCUUACUUACAAUAUGAUCCUGAACCUCCUGCGUGUCGAGGCUUUGAGGAUUGAAGAGAUGAUCAAGCGCAGCUUUAGCGAAAAUGCAACGCAAGCUUUGCUUCCGGAGCAUGAGAAGCAGGUUCAACUAUCAGAAGCCAGUUUGGCGAAAAUCAAGCGCGAGCCUUGCGAUAUCUGCGACAUUGAUCUUGUAGCCUGUCAUGAUGCAGCUAUGGAGUAUGGGAAGCUGACAAGUGAGCUUUACGUUGGAUUGCUUGCCUCGCCCGUCGGAAAGCGUCUCUUUUUGCCUAAGCGGCUGAUCGUUUACAGAAAGGAUGGGUAUCGGACGGCUGGUAUCAUUGUCCGAGAAGGAGUUGGAGGAGGACCUACGCCGACCAUACAGGUUCUUGAAAUCGGCAAACUGAGUGGCAGACGCCAUCCAAGUGACAUUCUUCCCUUCCUUUCUAAAUUCCGACAUCUAUUCCAGAUUCUGCCAACCCGUGGGGCAGAUAUGACCUUGAAAGUGUGCAAGAUACCGCUCUCCGAUCUUGAAUGUCUCACCAACACCAUGGUAAAGCAAACUGGCCCAACAUGGUAUCUCAAUAUCAAAAAGGAGGCCAUUAAGUUUGCCGAUAAAGAGCUGUCGAAGUAUUGUGGAUCGUGGACAAGCACGGCCUGGGAUGAAAUGGAUUGGGCUCGAAUCAAAGAACUGCAAGUGAGGGAUAUACUAGAAAAGCGACAAGCUCAGGCAACAAUUGCUGAGUCCUGUAAAUGCUUGCAGUGUCCGGACUUCUUGAAACAUUUUGAAAUGCAACACGAUGAAUGGCAGGUCAAGGAGAAUAUUUCACAGCUGAAGCAACUGAUGUCCGAUCAAAAUCUUCAACUUCUACCAGAUUACGAGCAGCGUAUCCAGGUGCUGAAGGAACUAGGAUUCAUAGAUGAACAGUCUCGUGUGCAGUUGAAAGGGAAAGUAGCGUGUGAGAUUCACUCGGCUGAUGAGCUUGUUUUGACGGAGUUGAUACUUGAGAACGUCUUGGCUGAGUACGAGCCCGAGGAGAUCGUCGCACUACUAUCUGCCUUUGUCUUCCAGGAGAAGACCGAGAAUGUCCCUACACUGACACCUCGCCUGGAAAAGGGCAAGGAAGCGAUCGUUAGGAUUUCAGAGAAAGUCAAUGACUUCCAAAUUCAAUACCAGGUCAUUCAAUCUAGCGAAGACAGCAACGACUUUGCCAGCCAACCACGAUUUGGACUGGCGGAAGUUGUCUACGAAUGGGCGAAGGGAAUGUCUUUCAACCGCAUCACCGAUCUCACUGAUGUGAUGGAAGGCACUAUCGUUCGGACGAUUACUCGUCUGGACGAGACAUGUCGAGAAGUGAAGAAUGCGGCGAAGUUAGCCGAGACACAGCCCGGCUUUAUAAAUGCGCUUCUGGAUAUUUUGCAAGGGGAACAAAAUAAUGCCGUCCAACUCUCGGCCGGUGUCUACCUGAAGAACCGUAUUACCCGUGGUUGGUCUACCGCCGUCGAAGAAAAUCCACUGCGCACACCGAUCCCUGAGGGGGAGAAACCCGGCUUCCGCGAGAGGCUGAUUCCGGCUUUGGUAUCAACGCCUCCGAACGUUCGCGCACAGCUUGUCCCACUUCUCCAGAAGAUCCUCCAGCAUGAUUUCCCCGAGCAGUGGCCGGGUUUCUUGGAUAUCACCCUCCAGUUGUUGGGCACCAAUGAUGCAAGCUCGGUCUAUGCUGGUCUGCAAUGUCUGCUGGCCAUCUGCCGUGUGUAUAGAUUCAAGGCCGGCGAAAAGAGAGAGGAGUUUGAUAAGAUUGUCGAGCAUACGUUCCCCCAGCUACUCAACAUCGGCUUGAAGCUUGUCGACGAAGAAAGUUUGGAGGCCGCUGAGAUGCUCCGGAUUGUCGUCAAGUCCUACAAACAUGCUAUCUAUUUCGAGCUCUCGCCGUUCCUGCAAACACACCAGGCUACUGUCGACUGGUGCACACUGUUCCUUAGAAUUAUCGCCAAAGAUCCUCCUGCAAGUUCUAUGCUGGAGUCCAAGGAAGAGAGGGAACUCAACCACUGGUGGAAAUGCAAGAAGUGGUCGUACGCCAACUUGAACCGUCUAUUUAUCAGAUACGGAAACCCCACUACAAUGACCAAGUCGAGCAACCCUGAUUAUAGCCAGUACGCUAAGAACUUCAUCGCCAACUUCGCGCCAGAAAUUCUCAAGGGUUAUCUGCAGGAGAUUGAUAAGUGGGUGUCCAAGGGCCAGUGGCUUAGCAACCCUGCCCUUGCCUACACGUUGGUCUACAUGGAGGAGUGUGUCAAACCGAAGGCGAUGUGGGACCAUCUCAAGCCACAUAUGGACAACUUGGUCGCUCAUUUUAUCUUCCCCAUCCUGUGCCAAUCUGACGAGGACAUCGAAUUGUUCCAGACCGACCCGUCUGAGUAUCUUCACCGCAAGCUGAACUAUUACGAAGAGGUAUCCGCGCCUGAUGUUGCAGCAACGAAUUUCUUGGUUGCUCUUACGAAGAAUCGCAAGAAGCAGACGUUCUCGAUCCUUACAUUUGUUAACGGUGUUGUCAGCAAGUAUGAGUCUGCACCGGACGACCAGAAGUUGCCAAGGGAGAAAGAAGGUGCUUUGCGGAUGAUCGGUUCUUUGGCCACUGUGAUCCUAGGAAAGAAGAGCCCCAUCGCGGACCAGGUCGAAUACUUCUUUGUCCGUCAUGUCUUCCCUGAGUUCCGCAGCCCCCACGGGUUCCUCAGGGCUCGUGCUUGUGACACUCUGGAGAAGUUUGAGCAGCUUGAUUUCCAGGACCCGAACAACCUUAUGAUCAUCUAUCGCAACAUUCUUGAGUCGAUGACCGAUUCUGAGCUUCCUGUCAGAGUUGAAGCGGCGCUUGCUUUGCAACCCCUCAUCCGCCACGAUAUUAUUCGCACAUCGAUGCAGCAGAACAUUCCUCAGAUCAUGCAGCAACUUCUCAAACUCGCCAACGAGGUCGAUGUGGAUGCCUUGGCCAACGUUAUGGAAGAUUUCGUCGAAGUGUUCUCUGCUGAGCUCACUCCGUUCGCUGUAGCAUUGAGCGAGCAGCUCCGUGACACAUACAUGCGUAUUGUUGGUGAGCUUUUGGAAAGAAACGCUGCCAAGGGUGAUGAUGAAUACGGCGACUUCUUAGAUGACAAGAGCAUCACUGCCCUAGGUGUCUUGCAGACUAUUGGUACCCUCAUUCUCACUCUGGAGAGUACACCUGAUGUUCUCUUGCACCUUGAAACAAUCCUCAUGCCCGUGAUCAGCAUCACGCUCGAGAACAAGCUCUACGAUCUAUACAACGAGAUCUUCGAGAUCAUCGACAGCUGCACCUUUGCGUCUAAGUCUAUCUCGCCCACGAUGUGGCAAGCUUUCGAGCUUAUCCAUAAGACCUUCAAGGCGGGUGCCGAAUUGUACCUGGAGGACAUGCUGCCUGCACUUGACAACUACGUCGCAUAUGGCUCCGAAAUGAUGGUGCAGAACCCAGCGUAUCUUGCGGCCGUUGUCAGCAUGGUCGAAGACAUCUUCCGCGAUGAGAAGGUUGGUGGUGUAGACCGGAUCUGCGGUUGCAAGCUAGCAGAGACUGUGAUGUUGAACUUGCGCGGCUGCAUUGAUCAGUUCCUUCCUCUGUUUAUCGAGUUGCCAAUGCGCGUUCUCGACGCCGACGAGGCGAAGACCAAGUCCUACCGCAUCCACCUGAUUGAGAUGGUCAUUAACGCUAUUUAUUAUAACCCUCUUCUCAGUCUUCAAGUUCUGGAGGCUAAGGGCUGGACGAACAAGUUCUUCAGCACCUGGUUCUCCAACAUCGACAACUUCCGGAGAGUCCACGACAAGAAGCUGUCCAUUGCGGCUAUUAGCUCUCUGCUGACAUUGAAUGCUGGCGACGUUCCUGCCAGCGUGCAGCAAGGUUGGCCUAGAUUGCUCCAGGGGGUGACCAGGCUUUUCCAAACGCUGCCUGCUGCACUUAAGAAUCGCGAGGAUGCCACGAAAGAAUCAGACUUCACCUUCGACGAGGAGGAGGAUGAGAACGACGAGGAUAAUGACUGGGAUGGCGAGGUUGAGUGGACCGAUCAGGAUGAGGCUGAGACUGGUCUCGAUGGCGAUGUUCCCGAUGAGAGUGCCGCAUACCUUGACUUCUUGAAUAAAGAGGCUCAGAAGUUUGGCUCCUUCGCGGACGACGACGAGGACGAUCUAGACGAGGAAAGCUUACUUGAGACGCCACUGGACAAGGUCGAGCCGUAUGGCCUAUUUAAGCACGUCUUUUUGGGUCUCCAACAAGAACAGCCGCAGCUCUAUGAAAACCUGACAAAGAUUCUGAACGCGGAGGAGCAGCAAGUGCUACAGGCUGUUUUCCAUGAGGCCGAUGCCAAGGCCUUGGCUGCUGCCAACGCGGAAGCCGCUGCAGCUCAGACCAACGGAAAUUAA